GACGUAGGGACGCGCCCACCAUUUUGUGGGGCGUCAGACUGCUAAGUGCGUCAGUUGUGGAGAGACGUAGAGGAGUUAAGUCCUGGUCUGUGUGGAGGCAGACGACUCCGUCGCAGACUACGGACCUCUCUGGGUCUCAGCCGCCAAAGAUCCUGUCCGGUAGGUGAGUGGCUCACUUUGAGGGCGAGGCUUCUCGGAUCGAGGCUUCUUCAUGGCCGCUCAGAUCGCGAGUGGCCGGGGCUGCUCUCUGUGCGGAGGACGGCGUCUAAUGAGCGCAGUUGACUCGAGGAAAUACUAGCCGGACACCAUGAGUGGCUGUCGAGUAUUCAUCGGGAGGCUAAAUCCGGCGGCCAGGGAGAAAGACGUGGAAAGAUUUUUCAAGGGUUAUGGACGAAUAAGGGAUAUUGAUCUGAAAAGAGGCUUUGGUUUUGUGGAAUUUGAGGAUCCGAGGGAUGCGGAUGAUGCUGUAUAUGAACUUGAUGGAAAAGAACUGUGUAGUGAAAGGGUUACUAUUGAACAUGCUCGGGCUCGGUCUCGAGGUGGAAGAGGUAGAGGACGAUACUCUGAUCGUUUUAGUAGUCGCAGACCUCGAAAUGAUAGACGAAAUGCUCCACCUGUAAGAACAGAAAAUCGGCUUAUAGUUGAGAAUUUAUCCUCAAGAGUCAGCUGGCAGGAUCUUAAAGAUUUCAUGAGACAAGCUGGGGAAGUAACCUUUGCGGAUGCACAUCGACCUAAAUUAAAUGAAGGGGUGGUUGAGUUUGCCUCUUAUGGUGACUUAAAGAAUGCUAUUGAAAAACUUUCUGGAAAGGAAAUAAAUGGGAGAAAAAUAAAAUUAAUUGAAGGCAGCAAAAGGCACAGUAGGUCAAGAAGCAGGUCUCGAUCCCGGACCAGAAGUUCCUCUAGGUCUCGUAGCCGAUCUCGUUCCCGUAGUCGGAAGUCUUAUAGCCGGUCAAGGAGCAGGAGCAGGAGCCGGAGCAAGUCCCGUUCUGUUAGUAGGUCUCCCGUACCUGAGAAGAGCCAGAAACGUGGUUCUUCAAGUAGAUCUAAGUCUCCAGCAUCUGUGGAUCGCCAGAGGUCCCGGUCCCGAUCAAGGUCCAGAUCAGUUGACAGUGGCAAUUAAAACUGUAAAUAACUUGCCCUGGGGGCCUUUUUUAAAAACAAAUUCCCAAACCAUACUUGCUAAAAAUUCUGGUAAGUAUGUGCUUUUCUGUGGGGGUGGAGUUUGGAGGGGGGUUGGGUUGGGUGGAUAUCUUUGUAGAUGUGGACCACCAAGGGGUUGUUGAAAACUAAUUGUAUUAAAUGUCUUUUGAUAAGCCUUCUGCUCACAUUUUUGUGAAUGUCUGAAGUAUAUAGUUUGUGUAUAUUGCCAAGAGCUCUUUUAUAACUAAAGCAAAUUUAAUUUUUUUGUACUAGAAAAAAAUCUGAACAUUUUGAUUUCCUGAUUAUUCAAAUAUGUUAAUUCAGAAUUAGUUUAAUGCCUCAGUUAAACUAAUUAAUAGCUUUGGACACUUAAAAGAGCUCUAAAUUUGCUUGUACAUAAAGGCUUAAUUUGAGUUUUCUUUGUUUAGGGUCAAGGGUGUCCUCCCACUCACCCUUUUAAAAAACAGCUGCAGGACAGACACAAAAGCAGCUGUUUGUUUAUUGAUAAUAAAAUACUAUAAAACUGG